UGCCAGACAGCUGCAGACAGCUCGCGCGGCAUGUGGAAGCUGGGCUCGAGAGAGUGAGUGAGUCUGAGCAGCAUCGAUUUUUUUUUUUUUUUUUUUUUUUAAAAGCGAAGCUAGUCAAAAAAAAAAAAAAAAAAAAAAAAAGAGGGGGACGACGAGCGCUUCGACACGGUGACAGCGGGGUUUGUUUUUCGGGCAGUGAAGGCUCCCCCUGGACGAGCGAGGUGGAGAGAAUGAGAAUAGUGGAUUUUGUUUCUACUCGUAGGUACAGCGCAGUAGAGGACGGGAAGUCUCCCCGAAAGAUUUGGACAUGAAGAAGGACAUAGACACAUUGAUAGCAGAGGAACGUGCUGAAAUACUUGCUAAAUAUGACAAGGGCAGGCAGGAUGGGGUCAACAUUGACCCAUGGGAGGAUGCUGACUACAGCAUCUAUAAGGUCACUGACCGCUUCGGCUUCCUGCAUGAGGAAGAGCUGCCGACACCCAGUGCGCUUGAAGAGAAGCAAAAGCAGCAGGAGAUAGAGCGAGUGGAGAAAUGGCUUAAGAUGGUGAAGAACUGGGACAAGUAUAGAAACAGUGAAAAGUUGGUGAAGCGUGUGUAUAAAGGCAUCCCUCUGCAACUGAGAGGCCAGGCCUGGGCCUUGCUUCUGGACAUAGAGAAAGUCAAACAAGAAAACACUGGAAAAUAUGAGGUAUCAAUCUUAAAAGUGAUGACAAUUACCCUAAAAUGUGGCUACUGUGAACAGGCCAAUUCAUUUGUUUUUUUUUUUAUUCUCCAGAAAAUGAAGCAGCAGGCUUUUAGCUACUCCACAGAGAUCAAACAGAUAGACUUGGACGUCAACAGAACCUUCAGGAACCACAUCAUGUUCAUGGACCGCUUUGGAGUCAAGCAGCAGGCACUGUUUCACGUUUUAGCAGCAUACUCCGUCUAUAACACGGAGGUGAGCUACUGCCAGGGGAUGAGUCAGAUCGCUGCCAUCUUGCUCAUGUACCUGAAUGAGGAAGAUGCCUUCUGGGCUCUGUCCCAGCUCCUCACUAACAGCAAGCAUGCCAUGCACGGGUUCUUCAUCCCGGGAUUUCCCAAGUUGCAGCGUUUCCAGGCCCACCACGAGCUGAUCCUCUCCAAAAUGCUGCCAAAGCUGAAGAAACACCUGGACAAGGAGCAGAUGACAACGGGGAUUUACACCACCAAAUGGUUUCUGCAGUGCUUCAUUGACAGAACCCCGUUCACCCUCACCCUGCGUUUAUGGGACAUCUACAUAUUGGAGGGAGAGAAGGUGCUAAAUGCCAUGGCUUAUACAACCUUCAAGAUACACAAGAAGCGCCUCCAGAAGCAUCAGUUAGAGGAGCUGAGGGAGUUUCUCCAGGAGCAGCUGGCUGUUUCUUUCUUCCUGCCUGAUGAUGUGGUGAUUGAACAAUUGCAGGCUUCUAUGUCUGAACUUCGCAGUAAAAAGCUGGACAAACCUCCUCCAGCCAAGUCAGAGGAGCUGCCAAAGAAACCUCUGGGUCAAGAGAGACCAGUCCUCCUUCUGCCACUGCAGCCAGACUCUCCUCUGGAGGUCAAAAUAAAUCUGCAGCCAAACAGCCAACCCAGUGCAGAGGCACAGCAAACAGGUAGCAUCACCGUGAACCAGACCCCUUCACCCGCAGAGCCCCAGGACUCGAGAACACCUCCUCUGCCUUCACCUGACCCAGUCGUAGUCCACCCACAAAGAACACCUUCUCCUUUAAGGCCUUCUAGACCCCCUCCGUUACCUCCAAAAGUAGACAAACCUUGUGCUGAGGUCGGGUUAGACAGAGAUCUGAAGGAGUCGCUUCCAGAAGUUAACCAGAUUGAAGAUGGGGGAAAACAGGAGAGCCAGCCUGAAGCCCCAGAGACCCAGGAAAAUCCUGUGGAUUGGCCUCCACCCUAUGAGCCCCCUGCUUUGGAUGCUCUUAUCCUGCAGACUGAGGAGGACAUCAUGGACCUUCCAGAUCUGCCACCUCCACCUCUCUUUUACCCUGAGCAGAAUGACCAAAGCCCUUCAGGUAGCGAAUCACCCUGCCUGGGGACAGACCCAGAGACUCGGCGCCGCUCUCCUUCCCCCCACUCAGCCUCACCACUGGUCACUAAAAUGAAGCCACCACCAAAACCAUGCCUAAAACCACCCACGUCUCUCGACCUCACGCAGAAAAAACCUCUACCCCCAAAGCCUUCCCAUCCCCAUACCUUAACCACACCAUCCCCCUCCUCUCCCAGACUUCCUUCCCCAAAGCCAACCAAGUUCCCAGUCUCUCUCUACGUUCCGGUGACUGCUGGAAACAGACGGCCCUCCAACACCUCUCAGUAUGACAACCUUUCUGAGGCUGACGACGACGACCCCUAUCUGGAGAGGCUGCUGGGCUCCAUGCCUGAGGAAAUUCCCAGCAUUCACGGCGAGCCUUCACAUACCAUUGAGAAAGACUAUGACCCAGCUCUCUACCCUCUGCCUCCACCUCCUGUGUUCAUCCCUCCUUCACCUUCUCCCGUUCCUCCCUCGCUGUGCGCACUCCCCAGUUUGCCUCAGGAGCCAGAAUAUGAAGGAGAGGACAGCUGGGUGAAGGACUCCAUCAUCCACCCUCCUCCACCAUGUUUUGCUGACAGACUCAGUCCCUUCCAGUGUAGUGCUGUCAGCUGCUCAGACACACACAGAGCCACCUCACCCGGCUACUCUAAGCCUUUCUCUAGGGGCCCCAGGGACCAUUCUGCCUUCCCAGCACCACUCUUGUACACUGGGUCUCCCCCAGGUCACUCCAGGCCCUCAGGACAGUCGCCGGUAGGAGUGCCCCUGGUCCGAUCCAGCCCAGACUUUUGCAGGAUGCCUCCAGGUGGACAGCAACUGCCCAAAUCAGUGACCUUUUGAAGUUUCCAAGAACCAUUCAAGGUGUUACUGAUUAUGCCAAUAUAUCCGUACUUUCUUGAUGCUUGAUUAGUUUUCAAAGCCAUCGAAGAGGUCAAAGGCCAGUAGCUAUUUAGUGUGUUAAAGUUUUGUGUGUGUGCGUGUGUGUGUGUGUGUGUGUGUGUGUGUGUGUGUGUAUGCGAACAUUGAUAUGUACAGAUUUGUGAUACUUGCACCUUUUUUGCGAGGGCAGUUAACUCUUUGUGUCGAACCUGUAUUUAAAACUGCUGUCAGUGUUACCGUUUGCUGCACAAAAAGUGAGUGUAUUAAUGCACCUGCUCUUGUUGGUGUCUGAGACCAGAUCUGGUUUUCAAUUUGAUGGAUAGUAUUGCGAAAUGUACACAGAAAUAAGGUGAUCUAAUACCAGCUACGUGUUCCACCAUCGCUUCAUCUCCAGUUUGUUCCAACAAAGUGUCUUAACCUGAUCGCAGUGCACUGAGGGUAGCGACUCUAACACAAGGGCUUUUGAGGCUGCAGAAUAAGGUCAUCUUUGCUAAAGCACCUAAAGCCUAUACAUUUAUACUGCAUUUAUGGGAAACUGUGAGCAGGCUCACACAAUGUAACAGUAUGUCAUACUGUAAUGAGUAACUGUUAAUAUAACACCAUUUGUUUAUUGCAUCUUUAGGUCAAUACUUGAUGACAGUGGACCACUAAACCAGGUUGCACCAAAGCAGUUUGCAUCCAAACGUUCAAAAUAAGUUGUAACCACCAGCAACAGGGAAGACAUGGUGCAAUAUGUCACUAGUGUACAUACCGAAGCUAGUUUAAUUCACAUGAAGCCCGGCCAGGUCAUUUUUCCCCCCAGACAGGUAGCAGUGGGUACUCUGGGUAUUUUGCUGCUUUUUUUAAAAUGUUUUGCAUAUUGUUAAGAUGCUGUCAGUUUCAGUGUUAUAUAUGUUUGCCUGACACAGAUCUCACAGCAACAAUGUACUGUUCCAUGUAUAUAUACAUGCAUGUAUCAAGGCUAAACAAGGUGGAAGUAGAAGAGUUAACAGGAGGAUUUAGUGAAUUCAACAUAUUACCAGCACAGAGGGAGUCACAGUAAGAUUCACAGUCACAGUUUUUAUGAAGAAUAGCUCCAUCUAGUGGUCAGAAGUGUUAACAGAUUGAUAGUAAUUUGCUUUAAGGAGGUUUUUGGGAAGAACUGUGCUGACCAUGACAUAAAUCUAUAAUUCCUAUUUAUGAAUGUGGACAUUUAUACAUUUAGACGUGUCAGAUGACACAUAGGUCAGACCCCGUAUUACACUGUUCUGUACUGUUCAGACUGGGAAGAGAAUGAAUCAAAGAUACAUUUAUUAAUAUGCACAGCCAUCUUUUAGAGCCAUUGCAGUGACUGUGGUAUCAGAGCAAAGGUUUUUGAGGAAUGGAAGUUGAGCCAUAAUAUACUGUACAAGGACCUAAUAGUCAAACAUGUUUAUAUUAUCCUUUCAUUCAGUUCUAUAUAUUAAGUUAUAUACAUAUACAUUAUAUACUAUGUCUAAACAUCAGGUUUUGCAGUUCUCUUAAGUAUUCAGCUGUUUCCUAAUAGAGUUCCAGGUUAAUGCUAAAAAACUAUUUUUAUUUUAAGGAGUGAUGUUAACAGAUGUCUUACAGUUUGUUCAUGGACUUUGGUCUCGCUGCUGCGAUUCUUACCCAAGAACGUGGAUUUUGGCCUGCACGCAAAUCUGUUUGGCUUACUUGGAGUAUGUUUAGUCAUGUGACCUGACCACCAAUUGUACAUCACUGCUCCUUUUAUGGAUCUGGUUGACAUCAGCGACGCUGGGGCUCAGACCAAAGCUUGUGUACAUUUAUGCAACUACUUAUUUGAGUUUUAUAAAGAGAUAAACCUUUA